AGCAAAGGGAAGCGGUACAACUGUGCCUUCUUCGAACACUGUGAGCGCCUCUUCACGUUCAUCUCGGGCUGCGAACGUGGUAAGUAAGCACCAAGAUCGUGAAGGUCAUCUACCACCUGCCGACGAUGACGAUCCGCCCCUUUUCCCGACAGAAGCUUCCAUCUUUUGCAGUUACCUCAACCUAUGCAUUGCAAAAGUAUCGUAGUACAAGUUGUACUCGUAUAAAUGCAAUACAAAUAAUUUCCUCAGCAUGAGAAAUCAAAUAAUUUUUCAUGCGGAUUUACCUAUAGGAAAAAAAUGACUGCAGCUACUACGAGUGCGAUACUUUUGCACAGGAUACAACCCGGACGCGGGCGAUUUUCGAGAGGAAGUCGACCGUAGGAUUGAAAAGACAAAGUCUAUGGAUUGUGAUUAUGUCUGGGUCUGGGAGAUUGCGAGAUUUGUCAUGCUAGUCCGGCAUGACUGUGAACUCUGUAUUGCGUGCCCACAAAAAGGUCCUCCUGUCUGUCAUGCAAAAACGCAGUUUAUCAUUUUAUCAUGCGGAGUAUGCAAGCAAGUCUGAACCAUGGAAAAACUUGUCAUGCUCGGGAGCGCAUUCCAGUGUACUCACUAGUCCCUUCCUUGCGUCACAAGUUUCCAGAC